AUGCAAAAGAAAAGCACAAAGCAGAAGAAGACAAGUAUCAGAGUUAAUGAGAGUCCUGUAGUUGGCAUUCUUACUCAGCCUUGUAAUGAAACUAGCGAUUACAUCGCAUCAGCUUAUGUAAAGUUCGUUGAGGCUUCUGGAGCAAGAGCUGUCCCAAUUAUCUGGAGAUAUUCUGAUGAAGAAAUUCUUAACUUGGUUUCGAAGCUCAAUGGAGUUCUCCUUCCUGGUGGUUUCACCCCCUUUAGAAAUGAAGAUGGAUCUCUGACUGAGCAUUCCAGAAAAGUAGAACUCAUUCUUAACAAGGUUAAAGAGUUUAACGACGAAGGCACUUAUUAUCCAGUCUUGGGCAUUUGUAUGGGGAUGCAGCAAAUUGCACAAAUUGAAGCUCCAUACAAAGACACUGUAGAACUAUGCAUAUUUGAUUCUGGAGAUGUUGCUGACAGUGUCAUCUUAAAAGAUUCAGCUGCUGAUUCUCAACUGUAUAAUGAUAUGCCUGAACAUUUAAGAACUGCAAUCCAAAAUGAAAGAAUUACUUACAACAAUCAUUAUGACGGAAUAUUGCUCUCUGCUUGGAACAAAUAUUCAAAUCUUAAAGAGAACUAUCACCUUAUCGGAACUUCUUACGAUAGAAAGGGUGUUGAAUAUGUAGCUAUGUUCGAAAGCAAGGAUUACCCAAUAUGGGGCUUCCAGUUCCAUCCUGAGAAAAACAGUUUCAGCUGGAACCCAAACUCACGGAUACCACAUUCUCCAUCUGCUAUCGAGCUCACUCAGUUCUUUUCAAAUUUCUUCAUCAAAGGAGCAAGGAGGAACUUCAACAAGCUGGAUCCAAAGCAUGAAAUCUUUGAGCAUUUUGCUAAGCAAACCCCGUUGGUAAUAUCUUUCCCAACCAUGUAA